AUAACAAUAUUUCCUUCCUCCAAACACUUUCACCGCCACAGAGCUUCUCACUCUGCAUCAUUCGUUUUCUCCAAAACCAAAACCAAAACCAAAACCAAAACCUAUUUCCUUAUUCCUCAAACUUGCAAAACACGAAUUAAAAUAGUAACAAAAACCCUUCACCUGUAUGUUGAAGCUUCUCUCAUAAACUUUCCACCCCAUUAUCCUCCAUAACAAGGAGGAGAAAAAAAAACACCAAAAAGCAACAAACAAAUAAUACGUUUUUAUUUAAGAACAAAAGAAUUUAAAAAAAAAAAAAAACACAAUGAAGAUUACAGGGAAGGUAUUCACGUUUGGUUUGAUAGCAUUCUGGUAUGCUUCAAACAUUGGAGUGUUGUUGCUGAACAAGUACCUGUUAAGCAACUAUGGAUUCAGGUACCCAAUCUUUCUCACACUGUGUCACAUGAUGGCGUGUUCGAUCCUCAGCUACGUGGCGAUUUCAUGGAUGAAGAUGGUGCCAAUGCAAACGAUUAGGUCAAGGGUGCAGUUCAUGAAGAUAUCUUCCUUGGGACUCAUAUUUUGUUUGUCUGUUGUUGGAGGGAACAUAUCUCUUCGCUACCUUCCUGUUUCCUUCAACCAGGCCGUCGGCGCAACCACGCCGUUCUUUACGGCGGUUUUCGCUUAUUUUAUGACUCUCCGGCGGGAGGGUUGGGUCACCUAUAUCACUCUUGUUCCCGUCGUUACCGGUGUUAUGAUUGCCAGUGGGGGAGAGCCAAGUUUUCAUCUCUUUGGAUUCAUAAUGUGCAUCAGUGCCACAGCGGCAAGGGCACUCAAAACAGUUCUUCAAGGAAUCUUGCUGACUUCAGAUGGCGAAAAGCUUAAUUCGAUGAACCUUCUUAUGUACAUGGCACCGGUGGCUGUGGCGUUCCUUCUUCCAGCUUCAAUUAUAAUGGAGGAUGAUGUAGUUGGAAUUACAAUUUCACUUGCCAGAGAAGAUCCAAGUAUUCUGUGGUUACUUAUCUUCAAUUCAGCAUUGGCAUAUUUUGUCAAUCUGACCAAUUUCUUGGUCACAAAGCACACAAGUGCCUUGACACUUCAGGUCCUAGGAAAUGCAAAAGGUGCUGUGGCAGUUGUGAUCUCCAUUUUGAUAUUCCGAAACCCUGUAUCAGUUACUGGAAUGCUUGGAUAUUCUCUAACAGUUUUUGGUGUCAUCCUAUAUAGUGAAGCCAAGAAACGGAGUAAAUGAGUUUCUUGAUUUUAUUACCCUAAAUUUUGUCGCAUUAGACCAAGAUAGCCUCUACCAACACCGUAAAUUUUGCCAUAUUAGACCAAGAAUGCCUCUUCCCGGUUCCCACGCUUAACCGUUGUAAAUGUUUCAUUACAUCAUUCUUUACUUUUAGAAUUUACCCGUGAUUCAUUAAGCUGUAAGGAAAUAUACACUAUAGUAAACAUCGAUCAGCCCAUAUUGUUGACCAAAUAUGCUAGAGUAUAAUUGGAAAUUUAGUAGAACUUUGCUUUUACCUUUUAAGAAUUUGGACCUUUACUAUGUAACAUUUGCCUUGAUUCCUUAGAGUCUUGUAGAGCAUUUUGAUCUUGCUAUUAAUGGAAGCUGAAUUUUCGCGUACAUUAAAUAACCACGCGCCCCAAUUUUAAUAUAUAGAGUAGCAGAUUUCAAUCACCAAUGCCUGUUUUUGUUCUGCCUUUUUUCAUAAGAAACUUUAAAAAAUCAUCAGAAAGAUAAUGUAGUCCAGGAUAUUGUUGUAUCGUGUUGAUUUUAAGUUUCGUGCUUGUUACAAUUCAUAAACUUCUAAUGAAAACAAACGCAGUAUGAAAUAUACACAUCCAUUUGUUGAUCACUGUUCUAAGUAACAGAAAAAGGAUUUA